AUGGCGUCUGCCGCUUUAAACAUCAUCGACGAUAAAAGCCCCAUCUGCAUCCCCUUCAUCACAAAACUGCUCAAAAAACGCGCCCCGCAAGAUGGAACACGCCCCUUCAUGAUCGGCCUCAAUGGCGUCCAGGGCGUCGGCAAAACCACCCUCGUCCGAGCCCUGGCCGAAUCCCUCACCAACCUCGGCCAUACAACCCUCGUCUUCAGCAUCGACGACAUGUAUCUCAAACACGAGGACCAGCUUGCCCUCGCCCGCUCUCACCCCGACAAUCUCCUGGUGCAACAACGAGGCGAGCCGGGCACGCACGACACGCAGCUCGCUCAGGCUUUCUUCGACAGCAUUACCAAAGGCCAGCCUACCAAGGUACCGUCCUACGAUAAGGCAGCCUUCUCUGGCCAGGGAGACCGUGUGUCCGAGAGUAACUGGACCGAGGUCAACGGGACCGGCCAGCCAAAGGUCCAGGUUGUCAUCUUCGAGGGUUGGUGCGUCGGCUUCCGCGCCCUGCCAGAGACCGAGGUGGAAGCCCGGUGGAAGGGCCCUAGCAGGACGCUUCAGAAGCACAAACUCAAACACUUGCUGUUGGUGAACGAGAGACUGAAGGCGUACGACGCCAUGACUGAUCUUCUCGACGUCUUCAUCCACAUUGAUGCAGAAGACACGCAGUACGUCUACGAAUGGCGCCUGCAGCAGGAGGCUGCGCUGCGUCGGGAAAGGGGCACAGGCAUGACUGAUGAGCAGGUUCUCCAAUUCGUCGACGGCUACUACCCUGCUUAUGAGCUGUUUUCCGAUAAUGUCAGAAGGGGAAUCCUGCCAAAUAAUCCCGAUCAUCAAAUGAGACUGGUAGUCCGUAAAGACAGAUCGGUGAAAGAAUCAUUUGUUUUGUGA